GCUUCUGUCCAUGGUCUUUUCACUGUCCCCUCGGCAUUUGGGGCAGUACCACCUCCCCUUGGGCUUGUAGGUCAACCCGACGCAGGAGAAGUGGAACCACUCGAUGGGGCACUGGUCGUUGUCGCAGCCGAUCAUCUCGCCGUAGGACACCUGCUCGCAGAGGCAGUAGGUGGGCUCGUUGGGGUCGAUGGCGAACGACCCGUUGGCGGAGGUGUGGGUGGAGUCGCGGCUCUCGCUGUUGCGCUGGCGCCGGGGCCGCCGCGCCGAGCUGCGCUCCGGGCCGGCCGGCUCCUGGACGCUGGAGCGCCGCUCCGCGGUCAGCCGCUCGGGCUCGCCGGACUCCUGCAGGCAGAGGGAGUGGGAGUCCAUCUGGCGGGAGCGGUUCUCCACCAGCUCGGUCAUCUGGGUGACCACGUGGAUCUUCUCGUCCCCCAGCUCCUGGCUGAUGAUCAGCGCCCGCUGCAGCUGGACCUGCAGCCGCUUCCUCUGACCGAUGUCCUGUUCACCUUUGUAUUUCUCAAAGACCUCAUCCACCUCCUUCAGCACCUCUGCAAAGUAAAGGAUGAAAAGAUUAAUACGACAUGGCUGAACACCAUGUAA